CUAGCACUAGUCGGAUGGAAUAGUAGAGGAGUAUUACAGGAAGGUUCAUCCCCCGUCCACAUAAAAGUCUAUUGAACAGCAUACCCAUGCAUAAAUACUGCCACCAUCGUCUCCCCCAAUUCCAUUAACACGCUAUUUGCCAUAUAUUUUUCCCCACUCAUCAUCAUUCUGAUCACUUCUAUUUUCGACUUUUUUUUGUGCCCUUUUUUGUCGAUGGAAAAUUUGACUCUCUCCGGAUUAUUGAUAAACGUUGCCGCAAAAUUUCCCUCCCGCCGCGCCAUAUCGGUUCCAGGCAAGUUCGAUCUUUCUCAUGCAAGGCUUCAUCAGCUUGUUGAACGUACUGCUACCCGCCUCGUCGCCGCCGGUGUUCAACCCGGGGACGUUAUUGCUCUCACCUUCCCCAACUCCGUCGAGUUCGUGAUUGCGUUCUUGGCCGUAAUUCGAGCACGUGCGACGGCGGCUCCGCUCAAUCCGGCUUACACGGCUGACGAGUUCCGGUUCUACUUGUCCGACUCCGACUCAAAGAUCUUACUCACCUCAAAACAAGGCAGCGCUCCGGCUCAAGCCGCCGCGUCUAAGCUCAACAUUCCUCACGUCACUGUCGCGUUACCCGAUGCGGAUUCGGAUGUCGCUCUUUCUUCCUCCCUCUCCCAGUACGAGUCGGAUUCGGAGCCGGAUCCGAACCUGUCAUCCAAACUCAUCAAUGAUCCCAGUGACAUCUCUCUCUUUCUCCACACCUCCGGCACGACCAGCCGGCCCAAAGGCGUUCCGUUAACCCAGCUUAAUCUUGUUUCCUCCGUAAACAAUAUUAAAUCUGUUUACAGAAUCACUGAGUCUGACUCCACAGUGAUUGUUUUGCCCCUCUUUCACGUACACGGGUUGUUGGCCGGGUUAUUGAGUUCUGUGGGAGCCGGCGGAGCCGUGACCCUCCCGGCUGCUGGGAGAUUCUCAGCUUCAACUUUCUGGUCAGACAUGAAGAAUUACAAUGCCACGUGGUACACGGCUGUUCCUACUAUCCACCAAAUCAUUCUGGACCGCCACCUCAACAGCCCCGAACCCGUUUACCCAAGGUUAAGGUUUAUACGGAGCUGCAGCGCGGCUCUGGCUCCUAGCAUUCUUGCUCGGCUUGAGGAAGCCUUCGGGGCUCCUGUCUUGGAGGCGUAUGCCAUGACUGAGGCCUCCCAUUUGAUGGCUUCCAACCCGUUACCCCAGGAUGGCCCGCAUGUGCCCGGGUCAGUGGGGAAACCCGUGGGUCAAGAGAUGGCCAUAUUGGAUGAAAAUGGGAAACCGCAAGAGGCCAAUGCCAACGGCGAGGUGUGUAUCAGGGGCCCAAAUGUAACUAAAGGGUACAAGAAUAACCCCGAAGCCAAUAAAUCUGCUUUCCAGUUCGGGUGGUUCCACACCGGGGACCUCGGAUACUUGGAUUCGGAUGGAUAUUUGCAUCUUGUUGGCAGGAUUAAGGAGUUAAUCAAUCGUGGAGGUGAGAAAAUUUCACCAAUUGAAGUGGAUGCCGUCCUGUUAUCUCAUCCAGAUGUUGCGCAAGCUGUAGCUUUUGGAGUCCCUGAUGACAAAUAUGGGGAAGAGAUUAAUUGCGCGGUUAUCCCCAGAGAAGGGGCUAACAUUGAUGAGAGUGAGGUGUCGAGGCACUGCAAGACGAAUCUUGCAGGGUUCAAGGUCCCGAAGAAGGUUUUUAUCACCGAUUCUCUUCCCAAAACUGCCACAGGCAAAAUCCAAAGGCGAAUUGUGGCAGAGCAUUUCCUCGCACAGAUUUCUACUGCUAAGGUCCCCAAGUUUGGAGCCUAAAGAAAUUCAUGUUGUAUUGGCUAAUAUCCCUCCUGAGUACCGAAAUCAGAACGCAAAUUCCUUCCUCACAAAUACGUUGAUGAACCAAUUAAGAUCGCCAUAGAAUGAAAAUUUUUUGUUGUACAAAGGAAGAAAAUGUGAAAAAAAAGAAGAAGACAUUUUAGCUUUGUCCAGGUUAUUUUUAUUCUCAGCUGUCAAAGGUUUCGGUUGGGUGUUGCUUGAUGGGUAGGCCUUACGUAGCACUGGCUCGCAUUAAGACGGAGAAAUGGCAAUUUCUAAUGUAAUCAUGCCCGACCUUGUCGGAUUGUGAUGGUGGAGUUAUUCUUGUUGGAUAGGAGGAAUACAAUGCAUUUUACUUCCUAACAAUGAGAAUUUGGAAUAUGA